CCAGCGUAUUGUAUCUUUUAGAUUCAGUUUCAAACUGGUCAUGGAGUUUCAGUGUGUGAAGUACUUGAAGGGAAAGGACGCAAAGGAAAUGUUCUCUCUGGCGUAUUUGGGGUUCGUUCCAAUCAACCUUUGUCUGGGAUUCAUUUGGAUAAGAUUUGGUGUCCUGCUCUAUCGUGAAGUGCGAAAGAAGUGGUUCUCAUCUGAAACAAGGGGUGGCGGUGAAAUUCGCGAUACUUGUUUGGCGAGAGAGACGGAGAUCGCUCACAUGAAGGAACUUCUGAAUCCAGGAUCGAUUUCGUAAGGAGUUGGGAUCGACAAACCGGGAGAACGGGCUGCCCAACGCUGAGAUAUAUUAAUCUUAAUUCAUAUUCACUGUUGUUAUAUGGAAUUACUCGCUAUUCCCUCUUUUUGCUUCGACAGGGAGAACAUGAUUGAAUUAAAUUGGUAUUCAAGGCUGCUUCAUUGUGUUUACAAGUCAAGGAAAGAUUUCAAAUUUUCGACGCAGUUCAUUUCAACAACGCUGGUGAGCGCCUUGACAAUCUUUCAGAGAACACGUGCUUCAGUGUUAUCGAGGGCAAACAACAUUUUCUCAGGACGUGUUUUUGGUACCCUCAGCUUUGGUGGGGAAAAGUCUUCGAUAUUCUGGAUAUCAGAUCGCCUUCUCAUUGAUAGGUUUUUUUAUGCUGUCAAUUUAUUUGUCAUUUGUGGCCAUUGCUCUGGCGAUCAUUUUCAAAGGUCCUGAAGAAGUCCUUGGCGUAAAAAUAUGGGAAGCAUUGAAAGACGCCGGAGUAGCUUUCAUACCCACACUUGCCUUGGUUAUUUUUCUGCUGCUGUUCCAGUUAUUUCUCGCACGUUUCGUCUUCUGUGACUCAACUUAUCCGAACAUCACUGUCACGAUUGAUAACAGGCAGCUUUUCUCCAUCUUGUCGUAUUUUUUCUUCUUCUACAACAUAAUUGUUGGAUUGACUUCUUGCACCAUUCGAAUUCUUAAGGGCAUGCUCUUAGGAGUGAUCUUCAUUUCUCGUAUCGAUCGAACAUCACUGAUACAGGGUUUCCAGUCUUGGGACAAAGCUUUCGUUGCAUACGUUGGUUUUGUGACUGUGCUGGUUGCCCACAGACAUCCCGUGAUGCUGGUGUUCUGCCAGUUGCUUAUUGACAGAAAGAGCGAUCAGCAGUCCCAGGAAGAGCGACCCGUGUGUAAGCCAGUAUAUUGUACCUUUGGCCCAGAGACGGGAGGUUCUAGUCAGGAGGUACGUCGGCCGCGCAUGUCUCAAAAGGCUUUCAACCGCUGGUUCCUGGCGGUCACUCUGAUGCGCAACCCAUCUCUCGUCAAUUACCGCAGCCGAGGCCGCCAUUUCAGAGCGUCUGUUGUGAAUCUUGGAAGCGUCAACUCUGGUGUUCCACUGUAAAAGUGUGAGGCUAUCUCAGAAGGCACAAUGGUGCCAGAUCUGUCUGCUGUUUGGCUCAUUUUAUCGCAGAUUUGCUGUAGUUUUGGGUUUAGAUAACAAAAUGGAGAGCACUCCAUUGCUAGUAACCAUAAACAUGUACACUGUAUCUAGAUAAAUGUUAAUUACGAGUUUUGAAGAAGGUAGAAUAGUGUUUCCUCUGUUUGCUGUUUGGUGCAUUUCGCUGGAGAUCUGCUGUAGUUUAGGGUUUAGAUCACAAAAGGGAGGGCUCUACUUUGCUAGUGACUAUAAACAUAUACACUGUAUCUGGAUGAAUGUUUAAAAAUUUAAUGGGUCAAAAUGUUGACACUAAUUUUGAUGAUGACUUACAAAGAAAAAAAAAGGAGAGAAAAAUUGUAAUUUUGGAAGUAAGAGUCACGUUAUUGGACAAACGUGGAAAGGCAAUACAGUUGUUGACGAGUUUUGAAGAUUUCCGAAGGAAACGAGUUAUAAUGAAGGGUACUAUAAAAGAGAGACUCAAUCGGGUUAACCGUAGGCCGUAAAACGGCAAAAAAAAUUGACCAUUAGGUUAAAAAGUUGACAAAUUUUGACAGUUAGGUGUUAAAAAAACAGGUUAAUCUUUUUUUUUUCUUUUAAUCGCCACAGAAAAAUAUUAAUCUUUCCUUUGAAACCCUCCUAAAAGAGUUAGACUAUAGAUCAAAAGAGCGAUCGUUUUCUCUUUUAAAUGAAUAUGGAUUCUAUCUGUUGAUUAGUUUUCCUUAAUAUAAUAUAUCAAGUAUGAAAAGUAAUAUAGUACAAAAAAAAAAUGAGUGACCAAUUGACGUUAGGCUACGAGCCAGGUGUAUGAGGGAAUAGAAGUAAGAGCGUUAUUUAAAGGAAACUUGCUGCAGGAUGAGAUUGUAUGAGUUUUAGGUUGCUGUCUAUGUUGCAGGUUUUUAUUUUAUAGAGGCAACUGUGUUUGAUUAUAGGUGCAGUUUCGCCCAUUUCGAGUUAUUUAAAGCAGUUGUAUUUCUUUAUUAUUUGUUCAAAUCAGUUACAUUUCGUCAUUACUAAGGAGUGUACGAACUAACUAAUUCAAUAUGAAAAGUAAAAAUUUUGUUUCA